AUGGAAAUUACCAAGCGGAGAAACGAGGGUACCGAUAAUAUGGCAUCUGGAGGACCUCUCCAUGGUACAAGCAUCCCAGAAUCGGAUGCCAGAGUGUCGCCCUCCACUGAACCUCUCACAUCACACGAAUAUGUCCGAUCGCCUCGAUCUAAGAGCUCGCUCAAUGCUGUCUAUGAUGAUCCGCUUCAUACACCAUCAUUAUAUAAACAAGGAAAUAAAUCUUCCACCAGAGUCAAUUCUGGCACUUCAUUUCAAUCACCUGCAUUUGAUCUGAGCCACGACAACUUGUCAGAUGAUACAGACGACAAUUAUUGCAUAAGUUCCCCAGUCGAGAUCGACUUCGAUCGGUUCCGACAAGGUCAUGUACGAUCACGAAGCCCUGAUCUGCCAGUUAUACAGGAGGAAGACGAAGAGGAGAUUUAUAACUUAGAUAAUGAACUCGAAGACAGCAUGGCUGAGUGCGCCUUCGAUUCGGAUAAAGGAGAAGACAAUAAGCUUCAACCCGGCUACAACUUAGAGGAUAGACUGAUGAUUGACCAGAGUUGGACCCCUCUAGAACCCUCCAUUACUCGAUGGUCAGAUGAGGAUCUUUCUGGGCAUCAGGAGGAACUUUCGGCAUCUGAUUUAGCCAGACGAUUAGUUGAAGUAAACAUGCAGCGAGAGAGAGAAAUGGGAACAUCGAAAAUAUUCUGGAAACCUCAUCACGAUAGAAAAAAGCGGGGCUUCAAAUAUCACAUUUCGAAAGCCUUAGAGAAACUUCCUAGAAGCACGAAAAUGAGGAUGAUAAUUUCGGGUGCAGCAAAUCAAGUAGACAAAUAA